AUGUACAGCUUUGACUAUUUGGCGGCCUUGGCAAAGGCUCCUUUUGCAGCCCAUGGUUAUGGUGCCUUUCUGACUCUCAGUAUCGUGGAUAGAUACUAUAUACCAACUAUCUCACAUGAGAAGGCAGUGGAGCUUCUUAGGAAAUGUCUGAAGGAGCUCCAGAAACACUUCAUCCUGAAUCUGCCAACCUUCAGCAUUCGAGUCAUUGACAAAAAUGGCAUCCAUGACCUCGAGAACAUUUCCUUCUCUAAACAGGGAUCCUAA